UAAGAGUGAUCAAUUCUAUUGAAGUUCAGCUACACAAUAUUCUCCACCAAUUCUCUCUCUUUAUAUCUCUCUCUGAUGAAGGGAACACUAAGAUACUUAGCAGGUAUUGCAGGGCCAAAUGGGUUUGGCUCACGAUCUACAGCAGAACAAGUUACACAACAUUGCGUUUUCCCUUACUCCCAUCUCACCGCCAUAAUCACUGGAGGAACAUCUGGGAUCGGUGCGGAAACAGCGAGAGUAUUAGCAAAAAGAGGGGUGAGAGUAGUGAUGGCAGUAAGAGAUAUGAAGAAAGCAGAAAUGGUGAAGGAGAAAAUAGUGAUAGAGAACCCAGAAGCUGAUAUCGUAUUAUUGGAGAUUGAUCUCAGCUCUCUGUCUUCAGUUGCCAGAUUCUGCUCUCAGUUUCUUUCACAAGAUCUUCCCCUCAACAUUAUCAUAAACAAUGCAGGGGUUUUCUCUCCAAAUCUUGAAUUCUCAGAAGAAAAGAUUGAACUGACAUUUGCUACAAACUUUUUAGGACAUUACUUAUUAACAGAGAUGCUGAUAGAAAAAAUGAUAGAGACGGCUAAGAAGAGUGGAAUAGAAGGACGAAUCAUUAACCUUACUUCAGUGAUUCAUAGUUGGGUCAAGCCUGAUUGUUUCUCCUUCCCUAAAUUACUACACCCCAUUAAGUAUAAUGGUACGAAGGCAUAUGCUCAGUCAAAGCUGGCAACAAUUUUACAUGCCAAAGCGUUGAGCAGGCGAUUAAAGGAUAUAAAUGCAAACGUAACGAUAAAUGUAGUCCAUCCUGGGAUUGUUAAAACAGGAAUUAUCAGAGCACACAAGGGUCUUUUGACAGAUUCACUGUUUUUGAUAGCUUCGAAGCUGCUAAAGUCUGUAAGCCAGGGCGCAGCAACAACAUGUUAUGUGGCAUUGAGUAACGAAACCAGAAGGAUUAAUGGAAAGUAUUUUGCCGACUGCAAUGAGGCAAAUUGUUCAGAAUUGGCGAAUGAUGAAUCUUUGGCUCUCCAGCUCUGCACCAACAGUCAUACCUUAAUCCAUGAUUAUUUGCAUCUAUCUCUUCCUAAUUCGUGUCUUCUGUAAAUCUUCUUAAUAAAUAUCUUUUCUUACUACAAAGAGAAUCCACCAAUUUAUUUACGUCAGCAUUUUCUUCAAGCAUCUAUACCAGGUGUAUGAUUAAAUACUAAAGACUCAUUCUCAUA